AAAUACAUUUGGUCUAAUGACCAAUCAUUCAAGAAGUGUUCGACUCCUGCCCAGAAUCUGAUCAAAACAAAAUGAUAUGCUUGGGUUAGGGUUGCGCCCUGUCCAAAUCGCCGGGGCCACACUGACAGUUGGGUGAGUAAUGCGCAGGGAUCGUCUCCAAUGGCUCCUCAAUACGCACCAAGUCUGCGCUCCCGUUUGGCGCCUAUGCUGCUUGUUCUGCAGAUAGGAUUCAUUCUCAUAUAUGCCUUUUACAUUGAGAUCGAAAGCAAUGUAAACGUGUAUGGGAUUACCUUCAGCAACUUUUACGCUGAGUUCCAGAAUGUGAAUGUGAUGGUGAUUCUAGGUUUUGGCUUCUUGUGCACUUUUCUUGUGCGGUAUGGUUUCAGUGGCUCUGGGUUCAACCUCCUUGUGGCUGUCAUGGCCACGCAAUGGGCCAUCAUACUCAAUGGCAUUGAGUCCUGGUAUUACAGAGGAAAGAUCAGGAUAGACUUGAAAAGCUUAGUGGUUGCGGAGAUGUGUGCAGCCUCUGCCCUCAUUUCAAUUGGAGCCGUGCUGGGGAAGACUAACCCUGUCCAACUGAUCCUCAUCGCUCUGCUGGAGGUCUCAGGGUUUGUCUUGAAUGAAUGGCUCCUCCAGACUCUGCUGAAGGUCCAGCCUUUGAACAGCAUCAUGCUGCUUCACAUCUUCGGGGCCUUCUUCGGGCUCACGAUGACCUGGAUCCUGUUCAAGAAAGGAGCCGAGCAACCAUUUGAAAAAGAGAAAGUUGAUCGGAAAUCCGGAUUAUUCUCCAUAUUGGGAACUUUGUUUCUCUGGGUGUUUUGGCCCAGUUUUAAUUCCAUCCUAGUGGAUAAUCAUACUCCUGGGAGGAGGCUGGGGGCCGUGUUCAGCACCUACCUGGCCCUGGCUGUCAGUGCUGUAACAGCAGCUGCUGUGUCUUCGCUCUCCAGCCCCAAGGGAAAACUUAACCCGAUCCAUUUGCAGUCUUGCAUGCUUGCUGGCGGUGUUGCUGUUGGGGUUUCCAUGCCAGCAGUUCAUCAGCCAUGGGAAGCCAUGACGAUCGGAUUCACUGCGGCUGUUGUAUCAACAAUUGGAUUCAGAUAUCUUAAGACCCACAUGCUGCUUGCGUUUCAGUGCCAUGACACCUGUGCUGUCCUGAGCACACACGGACUCCCUGGUCUGCUGGGAUGGCUGGCCCAUCUCCUACUACAGCUUAAAGACUACGACGAUCCCACAACGGCAAUCCGGUUUGCUGUAUUUCACAUUUGUUGUCUCCUCAUUACCAUCGCUUUAAGUCUGGCCAUUGGAAUAAUAGCAGGGCUCCUACUCAAGUGGCACUUCUGGAGGCCUCCCCAAGACAAGAAAUGUUUUGAUGAUCAGGCUUUCUGGGAGGUAGGCAAACAAAAUGUCAUAUUUGAGCAGUUAUCUGGCUAAAAACAAUCGUACACCUGCAUUGUCAAUAUGUAUUUUAAAUAUUGAUCAUUUCCCUAAGCAGUAAUACGUAAUUUAAAAAGCGUUUCAUAGUACAGCAUUGGACAAAUAUUUUCCCGUUUUGCAGUUUCCCCAUCUUGCAGUCCAAAAGUAAGAAGACCAAGAAAACAGUCCGAUACCGGAAAGCUAUUUUUGGUGUUCAUUCAUUUUAAUUUAUACAACUUUACUUCUAGCUAGUGCAAAGUAUUUUGGUGUUUUUUAUGUGUGUUAAGUUUGGGAAAAAUAAAAACAUAAAAAGGUUGAAAGCAUGAA